GGGGCUGUGGGCAGCAGUUGUGUGACAGGAGGGGGACCGCGGGGCUGCCCCCAGGAGGGAGGGAGGAGAGAAGUCCUGGGAUAUUUGAGCAGAUAAAGGGCGAUGACCACCCCGGUGGGCUCCGGCACGGGCUUCGGCUCCGUGUCCUGGUGGGGCCUGUCCCCCGCGCUGGACCUGCAGGCUGAGAGUCCUCCCGUGGACCCGGACCCGCAGGCCAGUCCAGAGCCCGGGACCCCCGAGCUGGAUGUGCUGCUGCUGGGUUCGGUGGACGGGCGCCACCUGCUUCAAACCCUGGCCCGAGCCGCGCGCUGGCCACGCAGGAGGUUUCACUUCUACCUGCUGGAGAAUAAUCUGGAAGCGGUGGCCCGACACAUGCUGUUCUUCAGCCUGGCCCUGGAGGAUCCGGAGAAGAUGGGGCUGCAAGAGCGGAGCGAGGCCUUCCUGGAGGUGUGGGGGAACGCGCUGCUGCGCCCCCCGGUGGCCGCCUUUGUGCGCGCCCAGGCCGACCGCCUGGCCCGCCUGGUGCCCGAGCCCGACCGCCUGGCGGAGCAGCUGCCCUGGCUGAGCCUGCGCGCCCUGAAGUUCCGGGAGCGGGACGCGCUGGAGGCCGUGCUCCGCUUCUGGGCGGGCGGGGAGCAGGGCCCCGCCGCCUUCCCGAUGCGCCGCCUCUGGGACCUGCGGCUGCGCCACUACCUGGGCUCCCGCUACGACGCCCGGCGCGGGGUCAGCGACUGGGACCUGCACAUGAAGCUGCACGACCGCGGGGCCCGCGUCAUCCACACCGCGGAGUUCAGGCGCUGGCGGGACACGGGCGUCGCCUUUGAGCUCCGGGACGCCAGCGCCUACCAGGUGCCCAACCGCACCCUGGCGUCCGGCCGCCUGCUGAGCCACCGCGGGGAGCGCGUGGCCGCGCGAGGGUACUGGGGGGACAUCGCCACGGGGCCCUUCGUGGCCUUCGGCAUCGAGACGGAGGACCAGAGCCUCCUGCGGACCAACAACGGGCAGCCGGUCAAGACCGCGGGCGACAUCACGCAGCACAACGUGACGGAGCUGUUCCGCGCACUGGCCGCCUGGGGGCCCCCGCGCGCCGCCCAGAAAGACCCUCAGGAGGUGCCGGGCACCGCGAACGGAACCGCGGAGCCUGCCCCUGGCCCGGCGCCCUUCACCCUCCACUUCCUGCCCCUCGGCUCUGACCAGACCCUCCACCACAAGCGCUGCUACAAGGGCCGGUUCCCGCUCCUCUACCUGGCCUGUGGGAUGGUGCAUCUUCUCAGCCCUGAGCUGGGGGCCUGCGUGGCCCCUGGGGGACGCCUGGUGGUGGAGUUAGCCCGGUACCUGGUGGACGUGCGGCCAGAGCAGCUGCAGGCAUUCUCCGACCGGGUCGGGGAACUGGCUCAGGCAGCUGGAUUCGCCCCCCAGCCCGGGGCCGGGCCCUCUGAGACCUUCGCGCGCUUCUGCAAGUCCGGGGACUCAGCUCCAGGAGACCUGGAUGUGGAAUCCGGGACUCCGCCCCCUGACGCCAUGGCUCCGCCUCCUGAUGUCCUCGUCCCGCCCCCAGAGGCAACAAACCCGCCCUCGGAGGGCCUGACCCAGCCCCUCCAAGGUCAACCCCCCCCUGAACCCCUCCAACUGCCCUCAGAGUCCCCGGCUUCUUCACUCGAGGCUUCCGCUCCGCCCACAGGGAGUCAGAGCGCCCAAACCAGAGAGUCUGAGGGGACCCUCAGGGACCCCCUCCCCACCUCUCACUUCCAAAGCCGGGUCCUGGAGCUGCACCCUCCACACGCUCGCUCAGCCCCCAGAGACGUGGCUGGAAUCUCAGAUUCCGUUUCUGAGAUCCUAUAGUCUGCCCCUGGAAUUCUAGAUGGUUCGCUCAGAGUCCCACUCUCCACUCCCGACACUGGAAACGCAGCCCAGAGACCGGCCCUGAGCCUCGGGGGCUCCGUGGGGGUCCCCGGUGCUCUGCGGGGUCCCCCAGAUGUCCCAGGCCUAAGCAGCUGUCUCCCCUCCUGCAGCUGCUCUGCACCCACGGAUUCAAAUAAAGAGCAGAGACUUGUCAGCCUUGCCUGUGUCCCCGUGUCCGUCCUCCGUCCGGCUCUGGGGCUGGGCGUGAGGGGGGGGGGGGGCGGGAGAGGGCAGGAGAGGACAGCCAGACCACAUUCCUGGUUUUCCAAGCGGCCUGGGAUUGCCCUGCACCACACACGUGGAUCCUCAAAUAAAUCAACAAAAAUGGAUCCCGUGGCAACCGGCUUCGGCACUGAUACUGGCCAUCAGGUGAUGGAAGGACAGACCAGGCUGCCCUGGCCGGUGUGGCUCAGGGCAUAGAGCGUCGGCCUUCGGGCUGAAGGGUCCCAGGUCUGAUUCUGGUCAAGGGCA